UGAUUAUGAACCAGAUUUAUAGUAUGAUCCAGUGGUGUGAUAUGUGAUCACGCCAUAUUAAACUUUGACUACAGUAAUUUUUUUUAUAGAAUAGGUAAAACUAUGAUCACGCCAUAUUACAACGCUACCACAGUUAUUUUAUAGAGUAGGUAAAACUAUGAUCACACCAUAUGAUACCACAACCUUACAAAUCUGUAUAUAAGUGAUCAGUAGACAUUGAUUAUAGUUAGUGUUAAAUCUCAACAUUGUCUAUACAUUUUAUGUUUCGUCGUUUCAUACCGUAAUAUAUCCGUUUGCUACAAGUCGAUAACAAACCAAGUAACACAAUUUGAUCAGGUAUAUUUAAUAUAUAUAAAAAAUAAUAUGUCGUACUAUACUAAUGUAUCUGCAGGCGAAAGCUCUUCAAAUGAUGAUAAUGAAAGUAGUAUGCUAUCAACACUAUCAUCUUCUUUAAAACCGGUAAAAAUGCAGAAUAAAAAAAAAAAAAUGAUACUGAACCAAAAGUUAAAAUGUCUAAGGCUGGAAAGGCAGCGAACAGAAUCAAUAGAGACGUACAAGGAUGCCUUACCUAGUGUAAUUUCGAAAGGAAAUAUUGAAGAUAACGUUUCUAACUCAAUAACAUUGACGGAAGGAAAUUACACGUAUACGAUUCGGUGUCCAGUAGCGCCAAAAUGCGAUGACUACUACGUCAUUCAACAUUAUAAAACUAGUGUUAUAAAGGACAUUCCGUCACUUGAAAGAUGGAAACAUUCUGAAGCUAGUGUGAAGUUGUACACUAGCAAUAACUUUCCUGCUGAUAACGAAAUAUCGAUCAAAAUAAAUGAACUUAUUCGCACAAUUUUAAAUCGAUGUUCAUCGGAUCCGAAACGGAAGAUUGUGAAAAACAGUAAAAAAUAA